AUUGACAAUAUUUAUUUGUUGCGUCAUGAUAGAAUAUGAAGCAUACCCGUUUAACUUACAUAUACGGAACAUUCGCUUUCAGUUAAUAUUUAUAAUGCUUCGCUUUCCUGAGGAAGGGUUUGCUGAAGAUAAUAAAGCAUCUCCCCAAACAGAUAAGCAGCAUCAAAAAGAAAUAUUAAGCAAAUCGCAUUACCACACGCUAAUAUCCCCGGAAGUUUGUUCAGAAACCUUCAAGAAUAAUUACUCACAAAAAGAUCGCUUUCCUAAUAAUAUGUCAUAUGCAACCCAUAUUGUAAAGUCGAGUUCACCAGCUUCUAGCUUAGGAGAGUCAGUGUUUACCUCUGAGUUUGGUAAUCAAAUACUAGCAUCUCAAGGUCAACAAAUACAGACAAUGGCCCCCAGUGGUGAUAUUAACUUUUACAGUUUUCCUGAUUUUAUAUCUGACCAUGAAAAGACUAUUUUGUCAGAUGCUGAAAAGCUUCUAAUAUCGAAAGAGAAUGAUAUUUACAGUAAUGAAUAUAAUCAAAUACAUGAUGUUUUUGCUAUUCGCAAAUAUUAUCAUCCUUUAUUCGCUCAUGGAAUAUGCCGCUGGCCAGGUUGUGAAGUGGAUUUGGAAGAUAUUUCCUCGUUUGUAAAGCAUCUAAAUUUGGAACAUGCGUUAGAUGAUCGAUCGACAGCCCAGGCUCGAGUACAAAUGCAAGUUGUUUCACAACUGGAAUCUCACCUGCAAAAGGAAAGAGAUCGCUUGCAAGCUAUGAUGCAUCAUUUAUACUUAUCAAAACAACUAUUAUCGCCAUCGAAAAUGGAUCGAAAGGAUGUUUCCGGAAAUGACAAGAGUUUAUGCAGUGGAACAUCUCCACAUGUAAUAAAUAAUGUAGUUCGAUCUCUAUAUCGAUCGCAAUCUCCCAGCUCGGUUAACCUUCCUAUUGUUAACUCUAGUAGUUUAUCGGCAGUAAAAAAAAGGAGUCAUGAAAAAAAUACGUUUUCUGUUACUGGUGGCUUGCCGUACAUGCUAGAAAGGGCAGGACUUGAUGUACAACAUGAAAUACAACGCAAUAGAGAGUUCUAUAAAAACGCCGACGUUCGUCCACCAUUUACAUAUGCUUCCCUUAUCAGACAAGCUAUCAUUGACUCACCUGACAAGCAGUUGACACUAAACGAAAUAUAUAACUGGUUCCAAAACACAUUUUGUUACUUCCGGAGAAAUGCAGCAACUUGGAAGAGUGACAUUUUGGUACGCAACUGGUUUUUCCCGUUGGGCCGCGCCGGCUGGCUCAUCGGUUCUAUUUGUGCAAUCAUAUCCUUGGCCCGAAGUCUGCAAAAUCGAUAUCAACACUCUACUUCGUCGGUAGCAAAACAGACAACAACUAAGUGAAAAUAACUAAAGUUGGGCCCAGGUUCCGGACCCAGCGUACGCGCCCUAUCUGAGACUAUCACCUACUCUCGUGUCCCUCAUGCGCGUGCCGGCAGUCAUGCCCCUCUUACCAUCAUCAGAUAAUUAGCCGGACAUUUCUUUCUUCAGAUAUCUCCACUCAACUAUUUAAAAUCUCAUGCAAGCGGUCAUGUCUUUAAAACUUCAACAGAAUACAUUUUUAUAAAUACAUCAAACUGAACAGACGACGAAAAUUCAUCUAAAGUAAUAAAUAUGUAUGUGAAUAUGCCACAAAAAAUUAUGCCGAAUGGGCUCUGUGUGGGGCGGUAAGGGCGAUAUGACAUGAUAUGCUGAAUAUAUGGUUGGUUGGCAGACGCAAUAACUUUUGGGGCCUUUCCAUCACUCUUGGAGAUCAAAAAAGAUUUUUUUAAUUAAAAGGGGGCUCAAAUAUGAGUCUGCUGCUGACUCUGCCUGUUGCUCGAGGCGAGGAUGGGCUUUAUAGAACUGAUUCCAUCGGAUGAUGUGGGCGUGGUCUUGCCCGAGGCCUUUUCUUAGCCUAUCCCUCGGGAUAGAGUUGGUAAAAAGUGUGCCGUUGACCAGGAACCUGGCCUUGAUGGUGACCUACUGGCCUCUCUGGUUAGAGAGUUUCUUGGACGGACUGACGAAAGGCAUCUAAGGAACGGUUCCUUGAAGUCUAUUUGGCUUCUGUCACACUUAUGGGUACCUUUGGGGCAUGCGGCGCAGAAUCGAAUCUAUAUCGUCCUGGGUCACCUGGCUCUGAAGCUCAUAUAACUAUGGCCAGCGUCCACCAAAUGUAAACACAGAGUGAGACAAAACAAAUGGUUAUUUUGUCAUGGCGGCUACCACCAAGCUAUGAUGGACAGUCGGAAACGCUUCGCCAAAUUGCGAACGUGUCAUACUGCUAUCAACCGCGACAAGAAAAGUUCCAAUGUUAAAGGACACUUUGGCAAGAUCCGCUCCGUCGCUCUUCUGGCCAUUCAUGGGGUAUACUGUGUGACAAGUGCAGCGCAGGCUCGAUUCUACAUAGUCCUGGGUCACCUGUCUAAUAAAUAAAUGAAUAAAUAAGA